AUGAUGUUCACGUAUCCUCGCAAUGGCGCAUUGAGGUCGUCCUGGACUAGCACCGUAGCUGUUUGCAGCGGUCUCCUAUUUCUUCUUACCACUCCCAUUGCCGUGCAUGCCCAAGUUGUUGUCGAAAAUGUGGUUACUAGUGCCGAGUCGGCCACAAUCGUCAUUGGCGGCGAUAGAGGAUGGACUGAAGGGGUCUGUUACCAACCAGUCCAAGGUGGCACUGGUGUCUUUCCUGGCGAUCGGUUGGAAUUUCGUUUUGCUGCCCACAAUGUCUACCAAAUGGCUUCACUCCAAGACUUUAUGGAUUGUAACUUUACUGAUGCCACUCUCUUGGCACAAGUUGGAGAGGCCCCUUUUACAUACACCAUUCCUGACGAAUCCGAUGACGUAUUGUACUUUGCCUGCCAGGUUGGCGAUCAUUGUUCUUCUGGCACGCAAAAGGUACAAGUCCCCGUAACCUCCUUUUGGACUGGCGGUGGAGGUGAGCGUCUACCACCUGUGUCUAGUGUUCUCUUUGGAGCUUCAGCGGAUGACUGCAAUGCAUUGCAAUCAGGAGUAGUUGAUGAAAGCACCCAAUUGGAGGCAAACAGGUUGCAAGCGCAAUGCAGCGAUCCAGAGCCAGUGGAGGGCGAAUCGCAUACCUUCACCAGGUCCUGUUUGAGUGGACCAGCUACUUUGACACCCGGCGGAGUCAUAAACCGACUAUUCUUGAUGUACUACCCAUUCCCCCGAGACACCCGUGUGGCUUUGGGGCAAAGGAACUUUGAGUUUGUCACUGGGUCGUUUGAAGAAGGGAUCGUCCCAGUGCCCGUCAACCAAUUGUAUGUCCAUCAUUUGUCUGGAAACAUUGUCUUCGGGCAAGGAGCUGAAGGAUUGCGUCAAGACGCCCCAGAUGCCCCUUUCAAGGAGCCUUAUGCUAUCAUGUCAGGAGAUGAAGGAGAUUUCACCAUCAUGCAUUUGAUCGAUUUGCGAGAAGUCGACGAUUGGUUGUCUUGUAUUGAAUGCCGAUGUCCUACCAGCAGCGACGGAAGCUACCUGGAUGAGCUGGCCAACACUGGAAACAUCACAGGAGGAGUCAACUGUUGCACCAACUGUACGGACUUGGAAGGACCUACUGUGGACUAUCGCAUGCGUUACAACGUUACUUACCGAGAACUACAAGCCGAAGACGAACCAGUGACCCAUGUGACGUAUCUCACUGCUGAUAUCUCCCCAGCUAUCGGUAUGUUUUUGGAAUAUGAUGUGCCAAGCUACGAGUAUUUGCCCCAAGAGCAGCAAGCUCCAGAAGAUUCUCGUAUUCAGCGCUUGGAACGGAUCGAGCCGUUCAAUGAAAUGUUCAAGGACAGCUUCUUCCAAGGCGACUAUUCUGGCCCAGAAGAGGUCCAGCUACUACGUUGCGUGGCCCACUUGCAUGUGGCUGCCAUUGGCCAGUGGUUGGAAGAUGCUGAAACCGGUGAACUCUUGUGCUCUGGAGAAACCAUCUAUGGAACCAAUCCAGAGACAGACGAAGGCUUCUUGACAGCAGUGUCCGUCGACGACCACGAUCCACCCAUUACCUUCCCAGCUGAUCGUGUGGUGCGAUUUGUUACGGACUACAAUGCAACAAAUCUCCAUACUGGAGUCAUGGGAUACUUGUUCGUUUUCGUGGCUACGCCCAACCAAGUAACCUCGAAAGACGUUAACCUAACAGUGGAUGUGUGCAUCCAAUCUACCUGUGAUACUUCGUUGCUUCCUGAUAUUGAUCUGGAGGCCUUUCAAACGUCGCUGGCAUUCCCUGUGGAACGUCAGGCAGAUCCCGGGUGCGUGGAUACAAUCGAAGAGAGCCCCUCUUGUACCUUUGGUGGGCUGUGCGAUUGCGAGAGCUUUGUCAACGCACCCGAGAGCUCGGGCUGCAAUGGCUUCUAUGCAAGCGCUUUUGGUGACAUCGAGAUCCGAUCUGUCUGUGCCAAUUAUUGUGGAUGUGAUGUGACAACAGCUGCUGCCAUGGACAGUGACAUACCACCAACAAUUUCUGCUACAGAAGCACCGGGACAGGUCUUCACCAGCUGCAAGGACACCCUGGCUGACAACCCAGCUUGUAUAUUUGGAAACCUCUGUGAAUGCGAGGAAUUUGUUAACCUGCCAGAAAGUGGUGGUUGCGGCGGAGUGUACAGCACAGAGAUGGGUGAUAUUGUUGUGAGUGAUGUCUGCGCAGCAUACUGUGGUGACUGCGCAGAAGUUUCGUUGGAAGAACUUUUUCAGGAAGCCUACCAGGAGGUUGUGACUAUGAGCUUCCAUGAUAAGUGCCUCUUCUCUACCAAGGAAUGCCAGUCGCUUUUGUCCAAUAUGUAUUCUUGCGCUGAGGAGAAACCUGGGAUCGAGACAUUGGACCCUCUGAUUCGCAAUUUCGUUGUGACGAGAGGACGGAGUGUUGCUCUCGAGAGCGCCAAACUGGGACACCCGACUCUUCAUGUGGAUCAAGAAGAUCAAGUUGUGGGGAUGUGCCCUGAAGUGGAUCCCACGGUGUCGCCUGAACCCCCCACUCCAAGUCCGACCGUUGCCGAUGAACCCGCCGUUGAAGCUGCUGAGGAAGUUGUGCCUGAGGAGGCUCCUGCUGCAACUACUUCUGCUGAUUGCGAGAAUACUCUGAGUAGCAACCCAGCUUGUACCUUUGGAGGAUUGUGCAGUUGCGAGGAACUUGUCAAUGCGCCUCAAGUUGAGGGCGACGGAUGCGAUGGUGUGUACAAGAACUCUUUUGGAGAUAUUGCUAUUCUCUCCGUGUGCGCCAAGUACUGUGGCUGCCCAGAUAAGGAACCUCCUGCUGUUGCUGCCCCUAGCGGUCCCUCCUUUUGCUUCUCCGAGGAUUCGACGGUCGAGGUACUUGGAAAAGGAACAGUUUCAAUGAAGCAUCUCAAUGUUGGUGACAAGGUCCAUGGAGCUCAUAGUACCUAUGAACCAGUGUAUGGCUUUGCUCACUACGACAGAGCCGGGAAGACAGAGUUUCUAAAGAUCCACAUGAAAGGCAACAAUUGGGGGCCACUUGAAGUGACAGGAGAUCAUUUGGUAUACGUUAACGAGAAGUUUCUUCCUGCAAAGUCUGUCCAAGUUGGCGAUUCGCUGCAGGUGGAAGACGGCUCUGCGGUUGUUACCAAGAUCACUCGAAGGUGGAAAACGGGGCUCUACGCUCCUCUUACACCUUCCGGAACUCUUCUUGUUAACGGUGUCAAGGUAUCGUCCUAUGUUACACUCACGAGAGAUAAAGAUCCCCAGCAGCUCCAGUUGAAUUUGUUGGCGCAGCAUGAAUUCAUUCACAUGAUGUUGAGCCCUUUGCGCAUGGCCUGUAUGGGAGUCGCUCCCAGUCUUUGCAGCAAUGCUCAUAUUGAUGAACAAAGCGGUUACCAUCCCUUUGUUGGCUUGGGAAUCCGUUUGGCCAAUUUGGUUGACCACAAGCUCAACAUUGUCCUACAGGCAGUUCUCUUCUGUAUGGCAGUUUGCGUCGUCUAUCCUUUGUAUUUGGUCGAAUCCAUCUUUGGGGCCGCGCUUGUCCCCGGCGUCAUUGCUGGAUUGGCGGUCGUGGUUGCCGCAGUCAAGUGGUGGAAACCCAAUACCAAUGUCCGUGUCUUUUGGAAGAAUUUGAAGUUGAAGAUGGCCUAG